UCAAACACUUCCCAGCAGAGUCGCAUGCGCACGACAGAGAAAGGCACACCAACAACGCCGCUCCCACCUCACUCGGAGCAGCCUCUAGCGCCGCCGCUUCAUCACCCGCUCGGCUUCUCCACCACCGCGGCCUGUCCGAAUUCUCCGGCCCGGCUACCUCCCCCGCACGCCGGUUCAGUCCAGGCAUUCAUAAAAAGAAACAUGGGGCGUGAUGAAGCUGUAGUUACACAGAAGACAGGAAAACCACCAUCACCUCCCAAGGAUCAGCCAACUCCUUAUCCAUACUUUGAUUGGUCAGCUGUGCAGGCAUAUUAUGGCCCAGGGUUCGUGCCGCCAACAUAUUUUGGCCCUGGACUACCUCCAGGACAUGCUCCUCCGCCAUAUAUGUGGGGUCCUCAGCCUCUGCCACCAUCUGCUUUGGGGAAGCCAUAUACUGCGAUGUACUCGCAUGGUGGAGGUUUCUCGCAUCCCUUUGUGCCCCUAAUGGUGAACCCAUUGAGCGCCGAGCCUGCAAAAUCUGUAAACAGCAACGCGAACAGUCGAAAUAUGAUACUGAAGGAAGUUGAUGGGACUGCUAUGUCUACUGGCAGUACAGAUAGUGAUAAAACAAGUGGGGAUUGCAGCCUAGGAGGAUCCAGUGACGGAAACAACCAAAAGGCAAGUGGAACUCCCAAGAAAAGGCGCGUAGAUAACAGGCAUAUAUCAGGAAUAGAAACUUGUCGGUCUUCAGCAGCUAAUGAUAUAGCAGGGGAACCAGGAAGACUGGCAACUCUGCCAAAUCUACGCAUUCCAGAUAGAUCAAUCAAACCGAAUGCAUGCUCUGGUAGUGACUUCGGUGUUAUUGGCACACCAAUAUCAGCUGAAUCUCCAGACCAGGAUGGCAGAGAAUCUAAGCGUGAACGCAGGAAACAAUCAAAUAGGGAUUCUGCACGACGUUCAAGGCUGAGGAAGCAGGCUGAGACUGAGGAACUGGCUAAAAAAGUAGAGUUACUAACGGCAGAGAACACAUCCCUUAGACGUGAAAUAAACAGGCUAACAGAAAGCUCCAAGAAGCUCAGUUCAGAAAACUCUGCUCUAAUGGUGAAACUAACGGACGCCACGCCAGAUCAAAGGCAGGAGUAUCCAGACCAAACGACCGAACAACCAGCUCGAGCUGUCAAAAAUUUCAUGCCAAUGAUCGACACCACCACCCCAUCAAGGAGUAGCAGGCACAUGGCUAUGGGACAUGGCGCUCCCAAGCUUCGUCAACUGCUUGGUUCUGGCCUGGCAGCCGAUGCCGUAGCUGCACGCUGAUCUGGCGUCCUUCCGUCGUGCUCGGACGCAUGCAUGUGGCGCGGUGAUUUUUGUAAACACAAGCUGCUCGUUGGAUCAAACUAGGCACGAUCGAUCUGAUCGCUGUACAUCUGUAAAUUAAUCGCC